AUGGACUUCAAGAGAGGUCAUAAGGUUUUAUCAUCAUCUUUAUUUCAACAACAACCAGCUUUAUUGGCAUCCAAACUUUUGAACAAGAAGUUGCACUCAUCAUCAUUGAGAUAUCAACAAGAUACAUUAACAAAAGCUAAGAAUGCAUUGAACUAUCAAUGCUAUACUUAUAGUGCUGCUGUACUUUAUAAGGUAGAUGACUUUUGGAGUACUACUCAUCUAAAUAAUGUUUCUUACAAUAAAAAUUAUCAAGAUAUUCUCAACUUUAGGUUAAAGGAGGAUCUAGAUUUUGACAAAAGAUAUUCUGAGGUAUUGAGAAGUACUGACUCUGGAGAGAAAAUUCACUUAAUUCUUGAUAAUGAAGAUAUUAUUGAAUAUGCUUUUGAUUUACAUGCGAAGCGUGAGAGAUUCAAUGGUUUAGGCGUUGAAAUAGAAGGUGAUCCAUAUGGUGACAUAACUAAGGAUCACUUUUAUAAAGCUUGUAUGAUUGUUUUCAAUGACAAAGAUCCAACAAGGGCUCUAAAAUUUGAUUUGAAGUUUUAUGCAUCACAUUAUUUAUUUAACAACAAACCACAUUACAGAUUUCAAAGAAUGGAAAUUGAUUCUAUAUCUCAUCAUGAAGGAUCUUCAUUGAGUAUAAAAGAACUAAUCAGAAAUUAUGUUGGUACUGUCAAAAAAGAUGAUAAAUUGUCUCCCAUGAAUGAAAAGAAAUUGUUUGCGUUACACAAACACAUGAAGGACUUUAAAACUGAUUUUGGUAAUUGCUUUCAUGGAAAUUCUGAAGGUUUUGAUUUAUGGGACUACGUUGGAUCUAGGAAGGAUUUGGCUUGGUGGAAAAAGUAUGAAAAACCGUUAAAAUUAAAAGAGGAAAGAAAGAGAGCUCAUAAUAAAACAUUUCAAAACUAUAAGAUGCAAAAAUUUGAUCGAUUAGAUGCAAGAACUCAAAAAGCAUUCCACGAUUACGUAUCGAACCACUUAAAGAUCAAUGAAUAUAUUCAUGAAAUAGCUAUUGAAAAUGCUUUAUUAGUAAAAUCGCUCCAUUUUGGACAUAUUGAAGAUUUUACAAGUACACAUUCAUGUGAACACGCUUUUCCCUUUUAUGAAGGGUUUUAUCAUGAAAACAUUGAUAAUGAAUCAUCAAAAGAUUGUCAAGCCUUUCUUGAAGAUCUUUGUGUCGUUCGUUCAACCAUGUUCAAGCCAAUCAGAUUCAGUAGAGGUCAUAAUUUUUUACCAUCAUCUUUAUUUCAGCACCAGUCGGGUCCAUUCUUAGCAUAUUUAAACUGUUAUGGCAAAAGAUUCCACUCUUCAUCAUUGGCAUAUCAACAAGAUGCAUUAACGAAAGCUAAAAAUGUUUUGAAUUAUCAAUGUUAUGCUGUUAGCUUUAUUCCUGGGUUAGAAUCGGAUGGUUAUUCCAUUUAUGAAACUGGUAGAGUUACAAAAAAAGAGGACUAUUCGUAUCUUAAUAUGUUCACUUCCAGGACUUUUGAUAACAACAGAAGGUACACCGAGUUAUUCAAAAAAAAUAUUGACACUGAAGAGGAAAUACAUCUAAUUAUGGACACUGAAGAUAUAUUGAAAUACUCAUGUGAUACACAUGCGUCAAGUGCCAUGUAUAAUGGUAAAGGACGUCUACAAAUGCCACAUAAACUUAAGGAUGAAACUGAAGAACAUUUUUACAAAGCUUGUCUGAUAGUCUUUAAUGAUGGGGAUAAUUCGAAAGCCUUAAAAUUUGAUUUGAAGUUUUAUGCAUCACAUUAUUUGAUUAAUGAAAAGCCUUUUGGCAGAAAUCAACGAAUGGAAAUUGAUUCAGUAUCUCAUCAUGAAGGCUCUAAAUUGACUAUAGAAGGUCUAAUCAGAAACUAUAUCGGUACUAUCAAGAAGGAUGAUAAGCUGUCUCCAGUGUAUGAACAAGAUUUAUUCAAAGAACAUGAAUAUAAGAAAGAAUGCUUUCUUAAUAAUACAAAUCCUGCUAAUCAUGGUACUGUUCUUCUGUCUUAUGGAGAAGGAAAGGAUGUAUCUUGGUGGAAGAAGCAUGAAAAGGCUCUAAAAUUAAAAGAGGAAAGAAAGAAAACACACAAAAAGACAUUUGAAAACUAUAAGAUGCAAAAAUUUAAUCGUUUAGAUAAAAAAACUCAAAAAGCGUUCCACGAUUAUGUAUACCACCAUCUAAAGAUCAAUGAAUACAUGUUUGAAAAAGCAGUCUGUGAUGGUCUUGACAAUAGGUUUCACUAUUUCGAAGCGCUUGAAGAUUUUACAAAUUUACAUUCAUGUGAAUUCAAAUCAUUGAUCAAAGAUAAUAAGAAAAAACUUGAUGCUCAAGAAGACUGUGAAGCUUGUAAAGAGUUUGAAGCUUUGAGAAAGGAAGAGAAUAGACCAGUUAUAUUGGCUGAAUAUGAGCUUUAUGAACCUUACAUUGAUUAA